AUGAAUGCGCGCAACAACAAGGACUAUGUCAAUUACCUAACCUACAUCUUCAGCACGCCGCAGCUCGGCCAGGAUCUGAAUCUCGCCGCACCCAGUCUGUUCCUUGUUCGCUAUGCCGCAGCUGUCAACCUUAAAAACCACAUCAAAUUGUUCUAUAGCCAGAUCCCCAAAGACCAAUUGGCAUACAUCAAGGCCGCCACACUCAACGUUCUCCGUGAUCAGAAUUCGCAGUUGCGCAGUUUCGCGGGCACCGUAAUCACCGAGACGGUCCAACAAGGCGGUCUACUACAAUGGCCCGAGAUCCUGCAAGAACUGCUGGCGCUCGUUGGCAACACCAGCGGAAAUGUUACGGGAGAAACGCAGGAGGGUGCGAUGGGCGCCCUGGCAAAGGUCUGUGAGGAUAAUCGAAAAUUGCUCGACAAGGAAUUCCAAGGUCAGCGACCUAUGAGUGUCAUCGUGCCGAAACUGCUCGAGUUCGCCGUCCACCCGAACCCCAAGAUCAGGGUGUUUGCGCUCGGUACCCUGAAAUCGUUCAUUCCGCAAAAGUCCCAGGUGCUUUUCUCCGCGCUGGACGUCUACCUGCAGACGAUCUUCCAGCUCGCUUCGGAUCCAGAUGUGCAAGUCCGACGGAUCGUGUGCCAGUCGCUUGUACAGCUGGUGGAUUCGAGACCCGACAUGUUGGCGCCUCAUCUCGAGGGCCUGGUCAAUUAUAUUCUUACCCAACAACAAUCCACUGAUCAUCCGGAUCUUGCGUUGGACGCGGCCGAGUUCUGGUUGAGUGUUGGCGAUCAAGAACAACUGCGAGAUCAAAUGGGCCCCUAUCUCGAAAGGAUCAUUCCCGUACUGCUCGCGGGCAUGGUGUACGGAGAAGAGGACGCCGUCAGACUAGGUGGCGAGGGAGAUGAUGCCGACGUUGAGGAUCGUGCCGAAGACAUCAAACCUCAAUUCGCCCAGACCAAGGCAGGACGAGGUGUUGUUUCAGCUGAAAAGGACGAGAGUCAGCCUGGAACACCACAAGCAAACGGAACGUCACAGCCUAAGAACGAUCUGAGCGACGGCGAAAUCGAGGACGAAGACGAAGAUGAAGAUGAAUGGGAUGAUGAAGAUCCCGAGAACGCGUGGAGUUUGCGAAAAUGCUCUGCCUCGGCGCUGGAUGUCUUCGCCGUGAACUACCACUCAGCCGUCUUCAACAUCAUCCUGCCGUACCUCAAGGAAAACCUCUCACACACUCUCUGGCCGAAACGCGAAGCCGCAGUCCUCGCUCUGGGCGCCAUCGCCGAAGGAUGCAUGGACGUGAUCUCUCCUCAUCUGCCCGAGCUCGUUCCCUUCCUCAUCUCACUCUUGUCAGACGAGGAACCCGUUGUCCGUCAAAUUACCUGCUGGUGCCUUGCACGUUAUUCCGAGUGGGCUGCCCGACUUGAUUCCCAGGCAGACAAACAGCGCUAUUUUGAACCCAUGAUGGAGGGUCUGCUUCAGCGCAUGCUCGACCCCAAUAAGAAAGUCCAGGAAGCCGGGGCUAGUUCCUUCGCGUCUCUCGAGGAGAAAUCUGGGGACAAGCUGAAGCCGUAUGUCGAACCCAUUUUACGGCAAUUCACGGAGUGCUUCAGACGGUACAAGGACAAAAAUAUGUACAUCCUGUACGACUGUCUGCAAACCCUUGCAGACAACGUUGGCUCGCAGAUCGCCAAACCGGAACUUGUCGACCUGCUUAUGCCUGUACUAAUCCAGCGAUGGAACAAAAUUCAAGAUGACUCCCGCGAAAUGUUUCCCUUGCUCGGCUGUCUAGGGUAUAUUGCCAUGGCUUACGGCGACACCUUCGCGCAGUUUGCUCCUCCUAUCUUCGACCGAUGCAUCAAACUCAUUUACGCCAACCUACAACAGCAUGUGGACUUUAUGAGCGGCCAGACUGUUGACCAACCGGACAAGGACUUCAUUGUAACAGCAUUAGACCUUCUUAGUGCAAUCAUCCAAGCCAUUUCUCCAGAGAAGUCCGCGCCGCUGGUCCAGAACUCGCAACCUCAGUUCUUCGAUUUAUUGAGUUUUUGCAUGGAAGACACCACCACGGAUGUGCGUCAAUCCGCGUACGCUGUGUUGGGUGAUUGCGCAAUCGCGCUCUACCCCAGCCUGGAUCCUUAUCUGCCCAAACUCAUUCCGAUCCUGAUCAGACAACUUGAUCUUGACAGCAUCCCAGACACGGAUUCCGAGAAUGGCUUCAAUGUCCUCGCCAACGUGUGCUGGAGCAUGGGCGAGAUUGCGGCGAGAGCACCGACCACCAGAAUCUCGCCCCUGAUCGAACCACUCUAUCGUGGCUUGUUGUCACUCAUUACGAACGAAGAAGUUCCCGACGCAGCAAGUGAGAACGCCGCUACUGCAUUGGGAAGACUUGGUGUUCCCUGUCCGGACCAUCUCGCGCCCUUCUUGUCCGAGUUUGCGGAACCUUUCUUGCAGUCCAUGUCCAAGAUCAGCACAUCGCAUGAGAAGGCCUCGGCGUUCCUGGGGUUCAACAACAUUCUGGAAAAGAAUCCUCAGGCAAUGGAAUCCAGCCUGGCAUUGUACUUUUCUGCGAUCGCGCAGUUUCCCCUCAAAGGGCGGCAGGGCCAGGAAUACGCCGACGUGCGCACCAGUUUCGCCAGGGUCAUCAACGGCCUCGCCGGCCUGAUCGGGCAGGAGAGGUUUGAAGGCUUCAUCGCCGGGUUGCCGGUACCGGUGCGCGCCAAGUUGAGGGAUGGCUAUGGCGUUGGCUCCGAAUGA